AUGGAAAGAAAUUAUGUCUCAGCCAGCCAGGUACAGGCCACUGGCUAUACCAUGAUCGCCUUGUCGUCGGCGGUGGUCAUUGCUCGGUUUAGUCUGAUCUUCUGGAAAUUACGGUCGCUGCAGGUCGAGGAUGGUUGCAUUCUGCUGUCGUGGGCCUGCUUCCUGGCCAUGAGCAUUGCGUACAUUAUCGUCACCCCGGUUGUGUACAAAAUCGAUGCGUAUACGGAUGGCAAGAUCGGUCCUUGGGCGACUAUGCUAUCCGACGCCCUUUUCAUGAUCAAGGUCUUUUUUGCGAACACCAUGCUAUUAUGGGGGUCGCUGUGGUCCGUCAAGCUAUACUUUCUGUUUCUCUAUCGCCGACUUCUCCAAGACCUGCCGGGUAAGAUGAAAUGGUGGUAUGCGGUAUUGUGUUUUUGCAUCGUGACCUUUAUCGGGGCAAUUGUAUCCAAUUUUACCUCAUGUCAAAGUAUGCAUGCAUGGUUCACCGUUGGUCAGUGCUCCGUGUCCCCUGCAUGUGUGGAUACUGACAAGUGCGAAGGGGAGUGCAGUACACAUCGAGACGCCGUGGCAGAGAUUGCCAGUCUGUAUUAUAGUUUUGCGGUCGAUGCAGUUAGCGAUAUAAUGAUGUCGCUGCGUCUUCCGCUGAGCCAGAAGAUCAGUGUCGCUGCCGUGUUUGCCUUGGGCACCAUCUGCGUGAUCAUGGCAGUUGUACGAGUCAUCCAAAUUGGUACUCGCGCCAACAACGACAGCACCCCAAGCAGUUCUUGGCUGGCAUUCUGGGGCAUGAUCGAGGCGGGGAUAGCUGUUAUCGUCGGCUGUCUUCCAGCUUUCGCUAUCAUCUACCGCCGCACUAAGAACACUCAUCGAUAUCGAAGCAGCUAUGUCGGCAUGUCCUCAUCAGCUUACGUGCCACAGGGCGAUGUCGCCUUGUCAGAACUUGCUACACGUGGGGUGAAUACUGGCACGGGAGAGACAGGCUUGAAAGCAUUCAACACUACGCCGGAACUGCCAAUGGAACUAUCUGGCGAGGAGUGA